AUGUCUACUUCUAGCCAAUACCACAUCCCGUUCCCCACGAACUUUCUCUCUCUCAACACGCCCCUCAAGCGCGCUGGCGAUGUCCCUUCCAGCACCAUCAGCAACAGCGAGCUAUCCAGCGCCGCCGUCGCUCAGCUGCCCGAGCAGUCUGCUCACGGGUUUCUUUCCAACCGCCCCGACGGCAUGGCUCGACACCAGUCCGUCUCGUCUGUCACCAGCGUCAGCACGGCCACAGACUCUGUUAGUGGCUCGCCACCUAGUCUACCCGCAAAGGAUGCCCGUUCACCGAGCCUUAGCGAGGCGAGCUUCUCUCCUCUGGCGCUUAACACCAGGCAUGCGGCGCUCCCUUCGAGCAGCGUUCGUGAGGCUGGUGAGAGGGGCGUGAAGAGCUGGUUCUUGACCAACAGGCGCUAG